ACACACAUGCACAAAUAUCUAAAACCCUAGCCGCCGCCGUCAUCUCUGUUCUCCUCCUCCAAAAACUACAUCGCCUCCACACACCAACCCUAGUUUUGCAAUCAUGGCAGACAGAGGAGCAGGAGGAGAACGGGGAGGCGACCGUGGAGCCUUCCGCCGUGGAUUCGGCGGCCCACGCGGAGAACGCGGAGGACGAGGUGGUCGCCGCCGUGCUCGCCGUGAUGAGGAGGAAAAAUGGGUCCCAGUUACCAAGCUUGGCCGUCUCGUUCGCGACGGAAAAAUCCGAUCUCUCGAACAAAUCUACCUCCACUCACUCCCAAUCAAAGAGUAUCAAAUUAUUGACACCCUUGUUGGACCAGGCAUGAAGGAUGAGGUCAUGAAGAUCACUCCGGUUCAGAAACAAACACGUGCCGGUCAAAGGACUAGGUUUAAGGCCUUUGUGGUUGUUGGUGAUGGGAAUGGACACGUGGGUUUGGGAGUUAAGUGUUCGAAGGAAGUGGCGACUGCCAUUCGUGGGGCUAUUAUACUGGCCAAAUUGUCGGUUAUUCCUGUGAGGAGAGGGUAUUGGGGUAACAAAAUUGGGCAGCCACAUACUGUGCCUUGUAAGGUUACUGGGAAGUGUGGGUCUGUAACUGUGAGGAUGGUGCCUGCUCCUCGUGGUGCGGGAAUUGUCGCGGCUAGAGUGCCGAAGAAGGUGCUUCAAUUUGCUGGGAUUGAGGAUGUUUUUACGUCUUCCAGAGGGUCUACUAAGACUCUUGGCAACUUUGUCAAGGCCACUUUUGACUGUCUCUUGAAAACCUAUGGUUUCUUGACUCCUGAUUUCUGGACGGAGACUCGCUUUAUCAAAUCUCCUUUCCAAGAGUUCACUGAUCUACUAGCAAAGCCAACAAAAACCCUUGUCCUUGAAGAUGUGGAGAGAGUGGAGGCCUGAUUGGAGCUAGGAAUUCUGAAAGAUGAGUAAAGUUUGAUGUUGGGAGAACAUUGAAGGCUGGAAUUAGGUUUGAAAAGAAACAUGAACAGAACAAUAGAGCUGCUUCAAGAGUAGUGAUUUCUAGGUUUCAAGUGAUUUUUUUUUUAAUUUUCGAGUGCUGAUUGAACACCGACAGAUGCAUUUGGGCGCAACAAAUAGUUAUCAACAGCUCUAAUAUUGAUCUUGCUCUUGUUGGAAAUAAUGAAUGAUCUGGAUCUAGGUGCUUCAAAUCCGUUCGACAUGGAAUUUUGUAAUAGGGUGAAACAACUCGCUUUUUUCUAGUUUCAGAGCGAUGUAUUGUGCGACUGUAUCAUCCUGCUAUAAAAUUAUGAGCAUGUCAUUCGAGGCUA